AUGAAUUUUCAAGGAAAAAGGUUAAAAGCCGUAGAGCAAUUUGAAUUUUGUCAUGCUCAUAUAGGAGAAAUGCAAAUCAUUCCAGAUGGUAUUAAAAAAGGUUAUCCAACAGUGAUAGAUUUCAAUUCUAUUCCUAAAAGAAUUGAAAAUUUCAGUACUGAUCUAUUGGAUAUUUGUAAAAAGAAAGUCAAAAGCUUCUAUCGUGAUAAUUUUAUGAGAGAAUAUUGUGAUAAAGGAAAAAACAAAAUUAAUUCACCUAUGAGUCUUAUGAGCCGAAUUGAAAGUUUUCAGCCUGGUUAUUAUGGUCCCCGUGAUGCUAUUGUAAUUGCAGAAACUUUAAGAAAGCUAUUUAUUGAUACUAAAAUUUUAACAAAAUCUCUAACAAUACCACAAACACCAAUGGAAUAUUUGCAAGAAGUUCUUAUUCCUGAAGCAGCAGUUAGAUUUAUUCAAGAAGAUAAAGACAUAACAGCUGAAAAAGUGGUGAAAUUAUGUUAG